CACUUUAUAUAAUAAAUUAUUAUGCUAUUCCCUGCAGAGAAUCUUCCACUAGUCCUUAUUUACAAGGGUGGUUCGAGAAUUAUUUAGCCCAAUGAACUCAAAUUUCUGCACGGCGAACUUUUGAUAGUUUAGAAGCAAAACGAAGUUAUACGGAACAAAAUCUGAUGUAUACGGUGUAGUCGAUUUAAAUCACAACAUUAGUAGCGAUAUAGUUCGAAUAUGGUGGUCAUCAUAUUUUCGGUCGAAAAAACUGACUCCCCUUCCUUUAAAAUAGGUUCGGCGGGUGAAGUCCACUUGUUUCGAUCGUUCCGUGCUCUCUGCUGUGUACCUCGUUACGGCUUCGGCCACAAAACGAAGUAGAAACGAAUUAGGCUUAAAUAGCGUUUCACACUUCUGUUAAAUGGUCGCUUGGUUAAGCUUGUUUUCCGAAAGGCGUAAACAUGGAAUUCAUCGCACCGAUAGAUGUCUCAUCCAACAUUCCACGAUAUGGCCCUCAUGGUUUCUGGAGAUUCCUACUGUCACAGUUAACACGCGUACUUAAUCGGUGGCCUGUCAAUACGAGAUUUUUGUAAUGUGAUCCUCAAUGGCAGCCGUUUUGGGGAUAGCUAGAUACAGCUCAUUAAAAAACGUCGUACUACUACUAACUCGUUAAAACAACUUAUGAUGGUCGCCAUCGAAAGAGUGGAGUCACCGGGUACAAUAUUCAAACGAUUUUUGAUUCCAAGGUGCGAUUCGCUUUCCAAUCGAUAUUGCUCUUUUCUCAGUUUCCUAAAAUUUGCGGAUAUGCCCGCUUCCACAUGAGGUCAAAAGUAUAAUGCUGAUGGAUUCGGUGCGACUGACAUUUAGACAGUAAUCGUCUAUGAGAAUGUACUACGCUAUAGUAUUUUCUAUUCGCUAUAGUAUGACGCUAUCGGGGGGUGAGGCUCAGUCAUUAUCAGACCACUCUCCUAGACAUACACACAUACAUAUAUUAUUGUGUGUAAUAACAGUACAUGUACACGUGUGACUGUAUACGACAUGUUUGAGAAUUUGUGCUAAAUUUAAUUUAAUACUCAUUUUAAAUAUUGUCGGCAGCGACCAAUUGUACCCUUUUCUAUCGCCAACCCUCAGACAUUUCACUCAACUACAGAGAGGAUCGCAGUGCAUUCGCACAAUCAUAGAUUUCUACAUAUGUAUGUAGAUUAUGUUCUCCAUCUGCAAAAAUUACGUCCACAACUUAACCUCAACGGCUUAGCGUUAUACCCACCGCUUCGACCACAAAAUCGAGCAGUUCCGUCAGUCAGCCAGGCAUAUUUUCGUUCGAUUCGCUCGCAGUUACACUUCAGCGCGAUUUGGUGACAGUCGUUAUCGUCGUCGUCGUCGUAGUUCGUUAAACGCAUUCAUUUGCUUACAGCUCAGGCAAUUUGCUAAGCACUUUCUUGCUCCGAUCCGUUGUUACAAAACACGCAGCGUUAAUUUUACCACACGCAGCCCUAAAGCGACGCCAAUUUUCGCAUUUGAUUGGCGCGUAAUUUCUCACCGUUUGUUUGUUUUGAUAACGUGUGCGUAAAAAUAAAUUUCUAACACACGUAAGCACGUCAUAUUGUAAGCAAGUGGAAAAUUAACUUUCUUAAAUUGCGUGUGGUUCGAUCGCCGGUUGUGAGUUUUUUUAUUCUUCAAACAGUGCAGCAAAGCGCCUACUUUAAAGCGAAAAGUCUUGUGGCGCGCAUCAUUUCGACGCUGGCAACCUCAGUGUAUGUCCUGUUAACUGGAACUUAAGAUUUUCCAAAGCGAAUCUUGUGCAUCAUUGUGGUUAAGUAAGGCUUUUCUUCGACUGAAUUCAAAGUAAAAUCUCUACAACGGCUACAGCGGUGCAAAGAAUCUUGAAGUUGUUGAUGCAACUGCAGCACAAAUUACUGCGGAAACUAGUCAGUCUGAGCUCAGUGGCGAUACGUUAGUUUCACUAAAACCUCGUUCUGUUCAAAAGUAUUAGAAGCGUAUUCUAGCAACGAGAGUGUCAAGAGAACGCGAACAUUAUAAAUAGAACGGUUUUAUCAGUUGACUUGCUUUUGAAAGAAGCGACCCAUAAAGAGAAAAGGCAAGAGCAAAACCACCGCGUAAGGUGCUAUACCGCAAUUAUCUUCACUUUUAUUCGUAGAGCUGCAAAAAUUGCGAAACUGGGUCAAUUGUGGUUAGUCGUUAAAGAUUAUCUCUUUGCGAAAAUGGGCCCGCCCAGUAGUACAACUGUUAAUGGCACCGAACUGCCACCGAAGACCACGGAACGUAGCGGUGCGCCACGUGAACUCACCGGCUACCGGAAAUGGUUGCGGGAGAAUCUAAUGUUGCUGGUGACGCUGUCGGGUGUAUUGUUGGGAGUCAUUUUCGGUUUUUCAUUGCGGCCCUUGAAUUUACAUGAGGAUUCCAUUAUGCUGAUUUCUUAUCCGGGUGAACUCUUCAUGCGCGUCUUAAAGCUUAUGAUUUUACCGCUCAUCAUUUCCAGUUUGAUCGCCGGUUCGGCUAGUUUAAAUGCGCGCAUGAACGGUAAAAUUGCAUUGCGCACUUUGGUGUACUUCGUGACGACUUCGUUCUUGAACGCGCUGCUCGGCAUUGCCUUGGUGCUGCUAAUUCAUCCCGGUGAUCCAAAUCUACAUAACACCUCCGAUCGUUCUACUGAUAAAAGGGCUGUGAAUCUACUGGAUAGUCUUUUGGAUUUGGGAAGAAACGUUUUCCCGGACAAUCUUUUUCAGGCAUCCUUUCAACAAGCGCACACUGUUUACCUUCCCAAACCAAGUAUUUUGCAUACAUUCAAUGAGACACUUAACGACACCGCGAUUGGUACCGAAUUCGAACCGGCCGAAGAGAUACAAGCACAACAAGGCGGUGAUGUACUCGAACCCGCGCUCAUACGUGUGGUACAAUAUCGCAGCGGCACCAACACGCUCGGCAUCGUCUUCUUUUGCCUAGUCUUCGGCACCAUAUUGGGCACGAUCGGCGAAAAGGGGCAAAUUGUGGUGGAUUUCUUUACGGCCGUCUUUGAGGUUAUCAUGAAGAUGGUCACCUGCGUCAUGUGGCUCACACCCAUCGGUAUUAGUUCGGUGAUAGCUGGCAAGAUAUUGGGCGUCAACGAUCUGCAUUUGGUCAUGGAGCAGCUGAUGUGGUUCAUACUCACCAAUCUGAUUGGCGUAUGCCUAUAUCAGUUCAUUAUAAUGCAGGGGAUUUAUUUUGUAUUCGUGCGACGGAAUCCAUUCAAAUUCUACGCCGGACUUAUACAGCCCAUGCUGACCGCUUUUGCGACAGCCUCAACUGCUGCUGCUCUACCGAUCACAUUUCGUUGCAUGAAUGACAAGUUGCGUGUGGAUCAGCGGAUCAGCCGUUUCGUGCUACCGAUAGGCUGUAACAUCAAUAUGGACGGUACGGCACUCUUCAUUGCGAUUGCCUCGAUCUUUAUCGCCCAGAUGAGUGGCAUACCGUUGGGUUUUGGCGAACUGGUCACGGUUUUAUUGACUUCGACUGCGGCUUCUAUGAGUUCGGCUAGUGUUCCGAGUGCUGCUCUGGUCCUGCUGCUUGUGGUGCUUACUGCCAUCGAUGCUCCGGUACAAGAUGUUACGCUACUCUUUGCUGUCGAUUGGUUUGUAGAUCGCAUGCGCACCACUAAUAACAUGCUGGGCGAUUGUUAUGCCGCCGCCGUCGUUGAAGAGCUAUCACGCAAAGAACUAAUGGCACUGGAUGCCGCUAUACUCUAUCAGGAAGUGCCAGUUGGUACGCCAAACGGAAAUGCCUUGCUUGAGGGGCAAACCGAGUUGGAUAGCAAGUGCUCGAUGACCGAUUCGGUGGUCAUCGAUAUCAAUAAUGUGAUCAACAGCAGUAAUUUGCAGAAGGAGAAUACUGGUUGUCGCGCCUAAAAUUAUAAUAUUACAAUAUAUUCGAAAAUUCACAUACUCAACAAGUGUGUAGGCGCACGUGCACUCUCAUUAACCCAAUAUUUAUACUACGCAAGGAAAUAAUUUUUAAGUAUGAGAACAUAUAAAUUCUUUACAUGAAUUAGAUUUGGUAAUUAGGCGGGAUUUACCUAUACUAUGUAAUUCAAAUAUAUUUGAAUUUAGUUUCUAGUUAUUUUUUAAAUAUUUUUGGCAUAAUUUUCAUGCUCCUCAUUAAUUGCCUUGAAAAUAUUUCUCGUAAGAACCCAUUCCUAGGUGAAACUAAAUUAUCUGACGGAAGCAUACAGGGUGGUUCAUAUAGUGUAGUUUGUUUCUCUCAAUUAGAAAUAUUAAUUGGAAAAUAUUUAUUUGGGUAUCAUUUGUUUAGUCAAAAAAAUCUAAAAAUUUAAGGUUCGGUUCGGUACGUUUUCUGCCAAAAAUUAAAAUACAAAUAUUUCUUUUACUGAUUUAAAAAACUUAAGACUUGAAACUCGACACUAUGGGGUUAAUAAAAUAUUUCUAUGCGUGAAAAGUAGUAUUUCUCUACCAAAUAAAGAAGUUAGAGUUCAUAUUACCACAAGAUUGUACCGUAAGUGCUGCCAGCUUGUUUGAAGAACUGGUAUAAAAGACAACUUCUAUAGCUUUGCCCGUUGACGUCUUACUUAUUUCACUUUAUAUUAUUUCAUUCCCUUCUACGGAGAAUAUAUCUCUUCAUUUUGUUCCAAAUAUUCUAGCAAAAACAAAAAUCCAAAAAUGGUUUACCAAAAGGAACAGUAAAUUAAAAACAAAAUGCAAAAUGUGUAUGAAUCACCCUUUUUACACUUACAUAAAAGUACUAAACCAAAUAGAAAUAUGAACAUUCAUAAAUCAAAACAAGUAGAGUAGUGACCAGAUCAGCAUUCAUCAAGUAUUGACAUAAACAAUAAAGCCAACAAUGAAUAACAGAAAAAUAUAUUAACAUCAAAUCCUAUAAUAUAUUAUAUAACGGAUGUAGCAAACAUGUAUUAGAUAUUACAUGACGUACUUACAUAAUUUAUGGCAUACAUACAAAUAUAUAUGUAUUUAUAUAUUAUAUGUGUGAUUUAAACACCACAUUAAGUAUUUAAUAAAAACAAAAGCAAACAAUGUAAUCCAAUGACUAGAACUAAUCCGAUAACACCUACAUAUGUACUAUACCUAUAUGGCAAUGUUUACAUACUGUUAGGAUAGCAUUUAUGUAUAAUAUGUAUGUCUGUAAACACCCCAACGUGACAUUUAGCGUUGCAUCCGUAAAUAAUAGAGACUGUUAAUUUUUAAAAAACGUUGCAAAAUUUUUUGAAAUUUAUAUGUAUGUAUCUAUGUGCAUAAGUAAAUUGUGAGCCCACCAAUUGAUACGGUGUUUUUGUUUCUCAAAAUAAUUUACCAACAAUUUUACACUAUAACAGAAAAAUGUUCCCUGUAUGAGUAUACAGUAAAAACGGAGUAGAGUUAACCAAAUUAGCCAGCAAAUGUUUACAAAAGUUCAUAAUUAUAACAUACCGACCUACUAGCAAACUAAAAAAUAAAACAAAAUAUAAAUAUUAUAUAAAAUAUUGUAAUAAUAAAUAAAUCAAUAAGAUGUCGAGCAAAGUUUUUAGACAAAGCCACUUAAGUACAUAUGUAUAUGAUUUUAAGCAAACUUUAAAAAUCUAUAAAUAUAUAUUAUAUUUCUCUUAAUUUAGCGCUUAAAAAUGUAUAUGUAUAAUUUUAGUGCGGAACAAUAUUUGUACAUAUCUGUAUAUUUAUGAAAUUCGUAAGAUUUAAAAAAUAUGUAUUCAUUGCAUCAUAGACGAAAUACCCACUUUCAUAUGUACGUAAACACAUACUAUAUACGUACAUACUUACAUAUAUACAGGUAUUAGUAGAAAGUGUGAUACAAUGUUGACGAGGAUAUUUGGUAAUGAUUGGGAAGCCUAUUGUGUAUCUCAGUAACGUUUGUGAUGUUUUGAUAUAAGAGUUAUAAUAAUAAAUUCUUGGAAAAAAUUUUAA